AUGACGCCGCAUAUUUUGGAGAAGGACAAGGAGCAAAAAGAAGAAGUCGCGUGGCGAACCUACGACGUGGCGGAAUACGAUCGCCUCUCGGCGUCGUACGAGGACCCGAAGACGAUGAAAUGGAAACUCCUCCCGAAACCCGGGGGCCAAGCGGUGAAGCCGGAGGAUUAUUACACGUUAAAAGCGUGCAUUAAACAAGUCGAAGAAGGCGACCCGCCGAAAGAACAGCCGAUGUGGACCGAGAACGGCGCCGUCGAUUACAACGGUCGCGCGUUGUUCCAAGAGUGGAACAAGUUGAAAGGGAAAACCAAAGACGAAGCGAAACAGGCGUUUUGUUACGCCUACGGGAAAGCGUUGAGCGAGCAAAGAUUUUCGCUCAAUUUUCGCAAGUAUUAA